AUGACUCCUGAUGAAAGUUUCGAGGCCACUCCGCAUUCUAACCCGCCAUACGAUAUUGUCAACUUUUGGUGUGGUGAUCAAGAUAGAACCGAAAUGACUGUGAUGUGCUACGGAGGGCGCUUCGACAUUUUAGCCCUAGCCAAAAACAUGGAGGAGUGUCCAGCUAUCGAACGUGAAUUUUUGGGUUUGGUAAAGGACCUCUUGUCUAUGAAUAACGAUGACUUCGAGUAUAAACCUGGCGAAUCAGACCCAAUGGAAGAGAUGUGCCACUGGAUGGCAGAGGCUUGUUUUGCACAAUUCCGUGCCCUGGCGCCUCGUCCAACUGAGCCGCGGAUAAUAACAGUGGAGGAAUACUACACAACACCAUCAAUUCAACUGACCAUAACAGUCAAUGAUGGCCAAUUGACUGCAAUCCAAUCCUCAGGCAACCCGGGUGACCUUAUGCCUCGAACCCGCCUUUCGUCGUCGUAUACUGCUCUGACUGCUAGCGUUCCUCUACUCGAACCGUCGAUGGUGAAAUUACCCUGGGAUUCGGAAAAUGAAAGGCCAUCACGACCUUCAAGAGUGCUUGUGGGUAAUGAGGGAAAGGAGCAAUAUUUCAAACCAGCUUAUCGAGAGAUAUCAGAACGUACCGAGCGCGAAAUCAAGACACUGCUCCGCCUACAUCAGUUAGGGCUAAGCGACAAAAUUCGGGUUCCUAAAAUUCACGUACGUUGUCUUCUCGAGAUGAAAUCCGAGAGGCAGCACCAUAUCUUCGAGAAGCAUGGAUUCAUCAGUUGA